UCUCUCGAAUCGCCAGGGGAUUGGCUGACCGGCGGCGGCCGUGAAAGGACAAGGCCCGCCUCUUCCGGCCCCUUGCCGCCUGGGAAAGGAGCCCGCGAGAGUUCGGGGCGGUGGCAGCGGAAGAGAGGAGCGCGGCGACCGCUAAGGGGCGCGUGGGGCUGCGGGGACCUCGAGUUUGAUGUACAGAAUCUGAAGGCCUUUGAUUAACAUGAAGAAGAGUAAAGGUCGAACAUGUCGAAAGAGGCGAAGAAAACAAUUGAGAAGAUUGUCUUCAUGUGGUGUAAAUCUUAGCCACAAAGACGAAUAUGUGCUGCUAAAGAAAUGGCUGAAAGAAAGAGGCUAUGAAGAUACUAAAUUACGGCCAGCACAAUUUUCAGAGACAGGAAGAGGAUUGAUGACCACAAAAGCUCUUCAGGCAGAAGAGCUGAUUAUUUCAUUGCCUGAAAAAUGCUUGCUCACCACUGCUACUGUCCUUAGCAGCUACCUUGGAGAAUACAUCAUAAAAUGGAGACCCCCCAUUUCUCCUUUGGCAGCACUGUGUACAUUUUUAAUAGCAGAAAAGUGUGCUUGCAAGGAGGAAUCUUUGUGGAAGCCAUACCUGGAUCUCCUACCUGAAACAUAUACCUGCCCUCUUUGUUUGGAGCAAGAAACAGUGAACCUUUUCCCCGAGCCCCUAAGAAGAAAAGCCCUUGAGCAAAGAAAACGGGUCCAGGAGCUGUUUGUUUCAUCCCAGCCAUUUUUCUUCUCCUUACAGCCUCUGUUUUCUGAAGAUGUAGCAUCUGUCUUUAACUAUAGUGCCUUUCGGUGGGCUUGGUGCACCGUUAAUACCAGGACAGUGUAUAUGAAACAUUCUCAGGGGGGCUGUUUUUCUAGGGAGUCAAAUACAUACGCCUUGGCCCCUUACUUGGAUCUGCUAAAUCACAAUCCAGCUGUCCAGGUGAAAGCUGCAUUUAAUGAGAAGACAAAGUGCUAUGAAAUAAGAACACUUUCAGGCUGUCAAAAAUACAAAGAAGUAUUUAUUUGUUAUGGCCCACAUGAUAAUCAGCGCCUGCUUCUCGAAUAUGGUUUUGUUGCGAACACUAAUCCACACAGCAGUGUGCAUGUUGGGACAGAAACCUUACUCAAAUAUAUCCUUCCAGAAGAUAAGCAGAGGCAGACGAAACUUUCAAUUUUACAAGAAAACAACCUUUUAGAUAAUCUGACAUUUGACUGGGAUGGGCCAUCUUGGAGACUUCUUACGGCUCUCAAGCUGCUAUGUCUCGAAGCAGACCAAUUUACUUCGUGGAAGAAAGUGCUGCUUGGCAAUGUAAUUUCAAAGAGGAAUGAAAAGAAGAGUUUGGAUCUCGCAACAAAAAUAUGUAUGUCAUUGACAGAGGAGACCCAGCAUGCCCUUCAGAAGAUUUCUCUGUUAAAAAGUGAUUGCCAGCAUCUUGCAAGCCAGCUAACUUUGGUUGAGGCAUUGCGUACAGAAGAUCUAAAGAUCUUGCAAAUGUCAGCGGAGAUUCUUCAGCAUUUACAUUCCACCACAAUCUGACCUCUGUGGAACAGAGUUGUAUCACAGAAAAGAAUACCUGGUGUGCAGUGGACCAUAUCACACCACUCCUAAGGGAUCUGUACUGGCCCCCAGUAUGUUUCUGAGCACAAUUCAAAGUGUUGGUGCUGACUGUUAAACCCCAGCCAGAUGGGUGGGGUAGAAAUAAUAAAUUAUUAUUAUAACCCUAAACAGCCUUGACCCUGUACCUGAAGGAGUGUCUCCACCCGCAUUGUUCAGCCUGGACAGAGAUCCAGCUCUGAGGGCCUUCUGGCGGUUCCCUCACUGCGAGAAGCUGAGGUUACCGGUAACCGGUAACCAGAGGGCCUUCUCAGUAGUGGCGCCUGCCCUGUGGAACACCCACCCACCAGAUGUCAAGGAGAUAAAUAACACUGCAACUCUUAGAAGACAUCUGAAGGCAGCCCUGUAUCAGGAGGUUUUUAAUGUUUGUUUUUUAAAUGUUUUUAUAUGUGUUGGAAGCUGCCCGGAAUGACUGGGGCAACUCAGCCAGAUGGACUGGGUAUAAAUAAUAAA